AUGUCGAACGCGAGCCACGGCCAUCCAUCACCGCAACAACAAAUGGCCGGGUCUGUUGAGCUUGGAGAACUCGCUCUGCCAGCGGGAGCGCAGAAGACGAGCCGAGUUGAUAGGCAAGUGGCCUUCAGGACCACAGCAGAGGUAGAGCGGCAACCUCGACCCCUAUCCUAUCCUCAGCAACGUGACAACCUGUCGGAAUUCAUCUUCGACCAGGGCUUGAAUCCGGUCUUCGAUCCUCGCAAGGGUUUGAGCAACAUCGACAUCGAGGAGAAACGGUCGGUCAAGUCGGCGCUUACCCCUCAUGGUGGUGCCACGGAUGAGCCGGGUGCAGCGCAUAUCCAGACCCUCCACAGUGACUUGCAGCGCAUGAUGAAGGGGUGGUGUGAGAGUGAGCAGGACUUGAGGGAUGUGACAGUCCUCGGGAUGAGAUAUGGCACCUACAACGUCAUCAAAUCGAAAUUAGGCGGCUUUCCUGGAGGAGAGGACCCGUUCGGCAACUUGGAAGAGUACGCAAUCCAGACUCGGAACGGUAACAGCAACCACAACGCUGUCGGCCCAAGUCUCGGGACAUGCCCCACGUUUCUGAGCAAGGUGCAGAUGGACCAGUUGAUACAGCAUCAUCGCUACUGGGGAUGUACCGAGAAUGGGUCUCCCAUGCCCAAUCAGCCUUCUUCCGACAGGCCAAUGGCGUGUAACCUAGGAUCAUUCGCGCAUGAUCCUAUCAUGAUGGGCCAAGGAGCUUCAGUCAGGCCGCCAGUAAGGGUCGAGACACUGGAUUCGGAGACCGAUGUCGACGCGAGACCAAGGGCAAGCGGUGGUUGGCAAAACCAGACCAGGCCGAGCACCGCCUACCAGAAUGGCAACUCGAAGUCCAUGAAGAAGCUGCUCAACGGUGGUCGUCAGACAGGACAGACUUCGAAUGGUGGAGUAGACGCGAAGGGCAGAGCACACUCAAAGGGCAAGGCACACUCGAAGAGCGGUGCCAACAAGAGGCGUGGUGGCUGCAUCAUUAUGUGA